UAACAUCCUCUCCUACAUGUGUUGCGCUUUUACGAGUGUUUUGUGACCCUCAAAUAAACGGGACAUAAAAUGGGAAAGAACAAGCAGACUAAACCUAACGAAUCGGCGAAGAAAACCGGCAAGGCUAGCGAGCACCCGAGGGAUACGAGGAAUCGCCGAGAUGGCAAACCCCGAAAUCCCAAGCAGGUCGACCACCUCCAGCAAAUCCCCUUUCGGCUCCGGGAGAUCAUGAAGAGCCAGGAGAGAAUGAAAAUGGGAGCGUCGAGGACCAGGCAAUCCAAAACGGCCACCGCUGCCAGGGCCAAGCCCGGAGACUCAGAGGUCGGAGAUAUCCCCGUUCCCUAUUUCAGGAGGGCGAAGGAGGAGAGUGAGAAAAAUUACCUGCGACGCAUGGCGAAAGAGACGAAUCAUGUCCGCUUCCUCACCAGAAACCAGGUUGACAGAAAGCCGGAGCUGGAGGAGGAGAAACAAGAGAAGCCGGCGUAUAAGGGGAAAACUGUAAAAAAGAAGGCGUAUGAUCAAGUGAGAUUACAAAGGCUGCAGCAUAAGAAACACGAAAGACAAGCGCAGGAGCUGGAAAAGGAGAUGUUCACAGAUAACGUCGAAUUUGGCGACGUUGCAAUGGCUCCGCCUGCUCUAAGCGCCAAACCCAAAAAGGCUCCAAUAAAAUCUCAGAAUACAACGAGGGAGCUGCUCCUCAACUCUCUCCUCGGCCAAGCAGUGGCCUCCACAGCCAAGCCGUCCAUGGCGAGACAGAGGAUCGUGGAGAUGGAGAGGGAGCGAGCAGUGGAGGCUUACCGUCAUCUGAAGAAACAGAAACAGCAGUGGCGGGAGGCCAGGGCAGCAGGCCUGGAAAAACUCAAGAACCUGUAGUGAUGCCAUGUUGCUCAGCACAAGCAGCUGUAGCUGGUACUAAACCCCCAACAGUGGUUACGAGCUAUAAAUGCCUUUAUCAGUGGUGUUCAGUGCAUAUCUUCAGUUGAUCCUGACGUGGAGAACAUGAUUGAAUACCCACUUCAUUGGCUUCCUGUUGGACCACACUGCUGAUACACCACACCACUGUUUAUGCUCAAGCGUUGCGCUUACUACAGUGUGUGUCACUAUUAGGAAAGGAGGUGGCCUUUUUUAACCACAGGCCAUCAUAUCUGAUCAAUCCUUAUAUAUUCAGACUUUUUCUAUAAUUGAAUGGUCCCAAGUAUGUAAGUAUAAUUGCUGCGGAUAAGCUAUCUGGUGUCUCAUAUAGGCUCAUUUGUGGAGCUAAGAAGUGCCAUUUUGGCUUUUCUACACUGGGUGGCAGUCUUGCAGAGAUCAAGUCAGUUGUAUUUUUUUUUCCUCCGUGGAUGAUGAAAAGUUGCCUCUUGAGAGAAUCAUUAACUUUUUUUAAAAUAAAUUUUUAUUUAUUUAAUAACACACCCCGUGGGCUCUUUGUGUACGCUCAGGAGUGUCCUCUGAAACGUUUUUCCUCUCACGUAUAUAGUGACUUUGAGGUAACGGCGCGACUACGGUUUGUCAACAGGUAUAUAAAACUGCAACACAAAGAUUAUGUCUGGUACAGCCACAGCAUUACAUCUCAGACAAGCCUGGGUAAAAUUAGAUUUUGAAAAAUAAAUCUGUG